AUGACAGAUGCCGUGGAAGGAUUGUACGCGCAAAUCAUCCGGUUCUUGAUCCGUGCCCAUGACUGGUGCCAAGAGGGUACUCUGCGUCACAUCAUUCAUUCUGUUACACGUCCUGCCGAGUUACGUUACCAUGAUGUUCUGGAGAAUAUUGAGACUGGCUCACGGAAUAUCGAGCAGCUAGCCAUCGCGGGGUCUCAAAUGGAGCUGCGACAAAUGCACACCAUCGUGAAGUUGAUGGCUGAUCGCGUAGAGAAGUCUGAAAGCACUAUCUUCGAGAUGAAAUGCAUGAUGAUCAAUCACCAAGCCAUCAAUUCAUCCUCACUCGUGGAUACAAACGACAAGGUAUCGGAUUUGCAAUUCUCGGAAAUGGUGCGAAUCGCAGCAGAGCUAUCAUCAUUCGAUCCUCUUGAAAGCUACAGCCAGGCCGUUAUGGUACGAAAUCUGCGCCGACGAACUCAGCAGGUCAACGUCCCAAAUGCUUUUUGGCAAUCCCAGACGUUGAAAAAGUUUGCAGAGUCUUCAGAGCCGUCACUCAUGCUCAUCAAGGGUAGUUUCCAAGAGCGAGGGGCUUUGCGCGACACGGCCGUUAGAGUAGCUGAAGAGUUGAAGAGCAAGAACAUCACAACGCUCUGGGCCGUAAACGCACAACUGUCCGAUCGAGCCACCAGCAUUCCGAACCCGCUAGACAUUCUCAAGUCACUCGCCGCUCAAGCGCUUACAUUAGGCGACUCAGCGCACUCUCAGAAAUCGACGGCGUUAAGCUGCACGCAGCUUCGCACCGCUACCACGGCGAAGGAGUGGCUUGAGAUCCUUGGGGCUACGCUCGAGAACGUAUGUCGGGAAGUAUACAUCGUUCUCGAGUUAGACAUCCUGAUCUCUUCUGUGCACGCAACAUCGUCAACCGAUGAGGUCAUUGCGCUUUUCUGCAAUCUGCUGAAAGAGUUGACGGGCCGCGCAAAGAGAUCUAUUGUCAAAGUAUUGAUUGUAACUAGCAGGACCUGGACACCUCUAUCGCAGGCAACGAACGUCUUCGUGGAGACGAUGCUAACAGGGCCCCAUCCACGCGCAAAGCCGCAGGCAAAACUUCGAAGGAAGCAAGGGGAUAUCUCGAUGUACAAAGCAGCAUUAAGAACACUAAGAAGAUAA